UUGUUGACGUUUCACGUCUAGUCUAGAGUUUACUAGAAUUUUGUUUGUUAUUUUGAGCUCAGAUUAUUUGGUGUUCUGUUAUUUCUUUACUAAUUUCGAUAGAGCAUGUCUAACUACACAGAUUUAGUGAAUAAGUUCGGCAAGGAGACGUCUCGGGCUGCGUGUAAAAAGUGUGGUUAUGCUGGGCAUCUUACGUUUCAAUGUAGAAACUUUAUAAAGGUGGAUCCUAACAAAGAGAUAGUGUUAGACGUGAGCAGCACCAGCAGUGACAGUGAAGAGGAGUAUGCCACUCCGCUGCAGAGGCUACGAGAGGCAGAGCUGAGGCAGAAGCUGCAAGAAAAACUGCAGAAAGCCAAGCAGAAGAAGAAAAGUAAAAAGCGAAAAAGAUCUAGGUCAUCAAGUACUUCAUCAACAAGCAGUUCUUCAUCAUCGUCAUCAACAUCAUCUAUGUCCAGCAGUGAAUCAGACAGAGACAAGAAGAGGAAGCAUCGGAAGAAAUCUAAGAAGUCCAAAUCCAAGAAGUCUCAUAGCGAUAGGAAAAAAAGUAGAAAAUAACGUUUAUGGUUGCCUUUUAGUUGAUUAUGAUGUAUAUUCAGUAUCUUAAUUUUUGUGUGUAUCAUUCAUGUAUCCGUAAUUGUAUCUGUUAAGUUAAAUAAAUAUACUAACUUUGUAUACUGAUGUUGCUCUGU